AUGAACGUCUCUGUGUCACCCUUCGGCAAUGUAUCAUCUCCGGAACCUUACGCAGAAACCUCCGGUUCUUUCAACGAGAUCUUCAUCACGUCUUUACUCGGGACAAUCUUAACGGUGAUGUGCUUGGUUGGCGUGGUGGGGAAUAUCUACACUCUGAUCAUAAUGAACAUUUCUGUAAGAGUAACUGGCUCCAUGUACGUUUAUAUCGCGAACUUAGCUUUGGCCGACUUGUUGUAUCUGUCAACCAUCCCCUUUGUAGUUUGUACUUAUUUUGUGAAAGACUGGUACUUUGGAGACAUCGGAUGCCGGAUUCUGUUCAGCUUGGACUUCCUCACCAUGCACGCCAGCAUCUUCAUCCUGACAGUUAUGAGCACGGAGAGGUACCUGGCGGUUGUGAACCCGCUCGACAGCUUCGGCAGAUCGAGACACUACAGGCGAUCUGUCACCUGCGCAGUUUGGCUCGCGUCUUUUUUGUUGGCGCUUCCAACCAUGAUCAUGAUCGAUCUGAAAAGAAAUGUCAAAAACGGAGAGGUGAAACACAUGUGCCACCCGACCUGGCAGAUCCACGCCUACAAGGUGUACUUGACCGUGCUAUUCAACACCUGCAUCUUGGCGCCUGGGGUAAUCAUUGGCUAUUUGUAUAUUAGGUUAGCCAGAACUUACUGGAUGUCACAAAGCGCAGUGCUCACGACCAAAGAAAUUAAUCGAUGUCCGAAACAAAAGGUCCUAUACAUGAUCUUCUGUAUUGUUCUCAUUUACUGGGCUUGCUUCUUGCCGUUUUGGUUAUGGCAGUUGCUUAGCAUACACUACUUUGAACACGGAACCCUUUCUCAUAGAACAAUGAUGUACAUAAACUUCGUUGUGACCUGUCUUGCCUACAGCAACAGUUGCAUCAACCCAUUUCUCUAUACGUUGUUAACAAAAAAUUACAAGGAGUACUUGAGAGGACGACAGAAAAGCUGUGUAGGAUUUAAGAGGAAAUUCAGGCAUUCCUCUCAAAGGUCGGUAUCUUCUGGAAGUAAUCAAUUCACAGAUACACUGACGGUCACACACUUAAAAGGUGUCACAGGUGCCAGCGAUGUUUGAAUGUAUCAGAUUCCUGGAUGCGCUGUAAGCACAUAGCGCGUCGGAUGGUUUAGAUGCCAGUAAAUCUCACUUAUCCAUACAAGUGUUGAACAAUAUUGCUUUAGCUAAGAAUAUUUAUGGUAAUGGACAAGUGGUUACUGAUAAAUUUAAGUCCCGCGUCUCACAUGUAAGUCACCACUUGUACCUUUGACAUUUACAAAGAACUAAGUCCUGACGCCUGUUACUGCUAUAACU